UUUACUUUUUUUCCCAAUGAAGAUGGUUGUGCUGAGCCAUUUUCCACAUUUAACAUGUUGAAUACUUUGAUCAUUCAUCACUGUCAGGUUUUGCAUAAACGUCACCUAUGUAUAUCAAAUGCCAAACUUGAAAAUUUAUCUAUAACUAUGUGUUACUAUAUGAUUUCCAGAACUUAUUUCGAAAUUGAGUUAUAUGCUCCAAGUCUUCGUACCUUUUCUUUUAAGGGUAAUCAUAUUUCAAAACUUUUUGGCAGCAAGAGCUUUUCAUCUUCUAUCAAACAGUUAAAAAUUAAUAUAAGGUGUUUUGAAAACAUUGGGAAGAACUAUUGGAUUUUACUCAACUGGCUGGAGCAAUUUGCUAAUAUCGAGUCAUUAAUGGUUGAUACAUAUACUCUUGAGGUUCUUUUUCUUGAUUUAUUAAAAGUUAAUCCACCUUCCCUAAUUAAUUUGAAGUCACUCAAAAUAGAAACAUCCGACGUUUCAUAUGUGUGCAGAUAUGAUGAAGAGAUAAACUUUUUGCUUCAAAACUCACACUCAGCAAAUGUUGAGAACAUUAUUGUAGAUGCGUUUGAUUAUUAAA